UUUUACAAACUUUUUUUUUUUAAUAAUCUCCAAAAAAAGCUUAAGAACCUUUUUACUUAUCUUUUUAUUUCUUCUUCUUCAUUUUUCUAUUCACAAUCUCUGAAACUCAUACUCAAAAGCUCCUUAACCCAAAAUCCCUAAGUUUAUUAAUGUUUUAAAGCUAUGAUGGAUAUGACUCCUACACCAAUAUCUCCUCCAACAACAACAACAACAACACCAACUCCUAAAUCACCCGAACCCGAAUCCGAAACUCCGACCCGGAUCCAACCAGCCAAACCCAUUUCCUUCAGCAACGGCAUCAUCAAACGCCACCACCACCACCACCACCCUAUCCUCUUUACUUACAAAGAAUGUCUCAAGAACCACGCGGCGGCUUUAGGUGGCCACGCUCUCGACGGCUGCGGCGAGUUCAUGCCCUCUCCGUCGUCAAUCUCCUCCGAUCCUACUUCUCUCAAAUGUGCUGCUUGUGGCUGCCACCGUAACUUCCACCGCCGUGAUCCUGACAACAACAACAACGAUAUCUCCUCCUCCUUACUCCCACCUCCUCCUUCCUCCGCCGUAGAGUAUCAACCUCACCACCGUCAUCAUCCACCUCCACCACCACUACCUCCACCGCCGCCACGUAGUCCUAACUCAGCUUCUCCUCCACCAAUCUCUUCCUCUUACAUGCUCUUAUCUCUCUCCGGCACUAACAACAACAACAACAACAACUUAGCUUCUUUCUCCGAUCUCAAUUUCUCCGGCCACCACCAACAUAACCUUCACGGAUCUCGUAAAAGAUUCCGAACAAAAUUUAGUCAGUUUCAGAAAGAGAAGAUGCACGAGUUCGCCGAGAGACUUGGCUGGAAGAUGCAGAAACGUGACGAAGACGACGUCCGUGAGUUUUGCCGGCAGAUCGGAGUUGAUAAAAGCGUUCUCAAAGUUUGGAUGCAUAACAACAAAAACACUUUCAACCGCCGUGAUUUCGCCGGAGCUGAGAUCCGAAAGAUUGAUAACGGCGGAGGUAACCACGCUCCGGUUCUCACGGGUGAGAUUAACAGCAACGGUAAUGGACAUCACGGCGUAGGUGGAGGAGGAGGAGUAGAGCUUCACCACAGUGUUAGCAGCGGCGGUGGUGGCGGAGGAUUUGAUAGUGAUAGCGGCGGAGUUCACGGCGGCGGUAACGUUAAUGGAUCGUCGUCGUCGUGAAUGUUAAAAGAUGAGAGAGUCGUGCUCUCAGAUUAAUAAGAAGCUUUAGAGUAAGCUACUUUGUAUUAUCAUCGUUAAUAACUUUUUAAUUAAUAUUAAUCUUUAGUUAUAUUUUGUGUUUUUUUUUUGCAUUACUAUUAAUAAUUUUAAUUUUAAUGUUCUUUUAUCACGUUAGUCGAUGUCUCGCUUAAUAAUACCAUAACAUUUCGAAUUA